CAAUCUCAUAUCAUAAUCAAAACAAACAAAGUUCAUGUUCUUUCCCGUGAAACCACAGAUCAGAAUCAAACUCUUCUUUCUCUCUCCAAUGGAUUUUCGCGUUCGCACCUUCUUCAAUCUUGUCAUUAUCUCUUCUUUUCUCUUCUACCAAUCUAAGGCCGAAGCUACUGGUUCCGUUUUCUUCAUCGAUAAUCCGCAGCAUCAAUAUCUUCGCACUCCGUCUCAAAACGAUGUCUUUCAGUCUCAUUCAAUGUUGCUAUCGGAAGUUGGUGCUGCUGUUUCAGUCUUGCUUGGUUUUGCACCUCCUGCUACACUUGCAGCAGAUGGUUCAUCUAAGUUGAAUGAGGUUCUCGUGCCUAAUCCAUUCAAUAGACCACGUGCUGUUUUAAUGUUGGAAGUUAGAGGAGUUGCUGAUCCUAAGCUCGUGGUUGACCUUGAUAGUAUGCGGUUAUUUGAUGCCUUUAACAGCAAGGUUAUUCUUGGUUCAAAUAAAGUUGACAUUCAACUUCCAGAUGAAGAUGAAGUUUCUGUAGUUUUCUUGGAUGAACAAUUAGCAGAUCACUCCAAAAAAGAAAUUCAUGAAUUAGCAUCUUGGUUGGGUGGGUCAUAUGUUGCUGAUGCCUCGGAACCGCUGAAUGGAGAGUUGACUAUUCCUGUGGCCAAUGGUGUCAAUGUGAAUCUUCAUAUGUCAAAGAAAGCAGAGAGGGAUUUUGCUUUUAGUCUUCUGGCUUUAUGCCGGAAUAUCAAAAGGGCAAUGGGUGUGCAUGAAGGUUUGGCACAGAGUAAGCAAGGACCUGCUGAAUUAAUGAUGGGUUUUUUUGAUGGAAUUAAGGCUUUGCAAGAGCAGUAUGGACCUGAAGGUGUUGGCCAGCAAGGAAUGAGACUAUUGCUUGCAACACUCUCCAAGAUAUUUGAUUCAUUACAAACAUCUUAUGAAGGUCAAAUUGUUGGAGUUAUAUUCUUUAAUGGUGCAUCACCUCCAGAAUCAGAAACCGUGUUGAAUUUGAUGUUCACUUCCAGGCCAUCUUCACGUUGGUUGGCCGAAACAGAAAGCAAUUCUAAUGCAACCAUGGCUGCUGAGGUGGUGUUGGUUAGACGGACCCUUGCUUGGUUAACGGGAAUCAUUCUUCUCAUUGCGACCCUUUUAGGGAUUUACUUCCUUCUCAAUAUGCCUCUUACAAGGGACACCCUUCUGUAUUCUAAUGUCAAGCUCGACUAAAUAGAAGAAAGCUACUUCGUGAAUUUUUCAACUUCCAGAAGCUGUCUGGGAUGCCUAUGAACCAUUUACUCGGGUUUAUUUGUAGAUGUAUUACCGAUGAUGCUUUUUACAUUGUUAUGUAUCCCAUUUCUGUUCUGCUUGUUCCGGCUAAGUCAGAUGCUCUUUUAUAGGCAUUAGUAGCUCCAUCAAGUAGGGAUUGGCUUAGAAAGAAAUUAAUGGUCAUAAGCUUAUAUUUCAAGUGUGGGUUCUGUAGGAAGGUGAGGGAAAGUGUAAUGUGUAAUAAUACUCGUAUGAUGUGGUUUUGGUGGUUUUAGUGAAUGGAUUUUCACAUUCCUGUAUUCA